UUGCAUACAGAUGCACAUGAACUUAUGUUUGCUGCAGAGUGUCUUAGGACAGAGUUUUCUCACAGCAUGGUUCCUCUUCUCCCCUCCUUCCUAAUUCUUUCCUUCCCCCUUUGAGUUCCCUCUUUAUAGUAUUUGCAUAUCGUGCUGAGUAGGUUCAGACGCUACAAUUCUUAAUUUGGUGUUUGAAGAUUCUCAUAUGGGAUAUCCCAUCUGGAAAUACCUCUUCUCAUAUAUAAUUGUGUGAUAUGACAAUUUAUCGCUGUGUUUGGUUCUCACAUACCACGAGUUUUAGGCAGGAGAUGAGGUGUGUUUCUGAAAUCACCUAUGCAGAAGUGAAAUUCAAGAAUGAAUCCAACUCCUCAGGCACCUACUCAGAUUCUGCUACAGCUCCCAAAAUGAAGCCCACCCCUCAUCUAAGUAAGCCUGGUGGUUGCCCCUCACUGUUGUUUAUAUCACUGAUGACACUUUUCCUCCUGUUGGCAAUCUCAUUUUUGGUUGCUUUUAUCUGGAAGUUUCAAAAUCACAUUGCAGUUGUAUGUGGAUACAGAAGUUAAAAGUUGUGGUCAUUUUUGGAAGGCAUCACAGCCAUGGAGAACCAUUGCAACAUUUCAAAUAGAGAGUUAAUGUAGGUGAAUUUAGAUUAUAGAUGGUGCUUUUGCAGGACUCAGAAAACAGAGUCACCAAGACAAUAAGAGAAAAAUGAGAAGGUCUAUUUCUAAUU